AUGGGUGGACCAAAUCUUGAUCCGUCGGCAAAUACGGUGUUGAAUAAUUUGCAAAAGAAGCUAAAUGCUGUUCUGGAUAAAUUAUCCGGGCAGUUCGUGGAAAGUCUUGUGCCAAACAUACGCGAGCAGAUGAACAAACUGGGCGUCAUCCUCACCAAAAUCAAGGGGCCACAACUCCAGAAAAGUCAGCUAGCCGGGGAAGUGGACGCUGUGUUGGAGCCACUGAUGGAAUUGCUGGAAGACAAACUGCAAGGCUAUGCGUCGCAAUGUGAGAAGACAGUACUCAAAUAUCUUUUGAAGGUUUGUUCUACUAUUGUAGAUUCAUUAACUAUAUUUUAUAAUGAAUCGAUUGCCAUUUGUUUGAAAAAUGAAAAAUUCUAUACUUUUAAUUAA